AUGCAGCUCAUCAAUGUGAUGACAUUUGGUCUCGAGGAAUUUCACAAAAACAUUCCCGAAUACGCCAUUUUAUCCCAUACGUGGGGUCACGCUAAAGAUGAGGUGUCGUUUCAAGAGAUCAACAACCCUUCACCUGAAGUCAGGCUCAAAACGGGUUUCAGAAAGAUUGAGCUUUGCGUUAAGCAAGCCCAACUUGAUGGGCUUAUGUACUGCUGGGUAGACACCUGCUGCAUCGAUAAGUCAAGCAGCGCAGAGCUUUCAGAGGCAAUCAAUUCAAUGUUUACCUGGUAUCGCAAUUCGGCUGUUUGCUAUAUCUACUUGGAUGACGUGGAAGGCAUGGCACCCGAAUCUUUGUCAGCGUUUCGACGUUCCCGCUGGUUUACUCGUGGCUGGACGCUCCAGGAACUUGUUGCUCCCCAAACCCGCCGGUUCUUCGAUAUGCACUGGUCAUGCAUCGGGGAGAUGUCGAGGACCUUGAACAACAAAUACAGAGUCAAUGGUUUCUUUCGCGUUGGCACAGAAGCAGACGAAAUGUCGAAUCCCUCAUCAACAACGACCAAGUUUUCAAGCUGGGUUGCUGAAAUAACUGGAAUUCCUGAUCGCGUUUUCUACGCUGGAGACCUCAAGUCCAUUUCAGCCGCCACAAAGAUGUCGUGGGCUGCAAAGCGCGAAACUACUCGCAUUGAGGACCAAGCGUAUUGUCUACUGGGCCUUUUCGAUGUUAAUAUGCCACUUCUCUAUGGUGAGGGGAGAGAUGCUUUCAUUCGACUACAAGAAGAAAUUCUCAAAAAGGCACCAGAUCAUACACUUUUCACAUGGGGUUCAAUGGCAUCAUCAACACCUACUCUUAGCGGGCUUCUCUCGUAUUCUCCCAAAAACUUCAUCGAAACAAUGGAUGACCCUGACGAGUUCUACGCCAUAUUAGACGUGGAAAGCGAAACAAGUGUGGGCCAGGAUUACCGGUACUCUAUCAGGCUUCGAAGGCUGGACGUAUGGGGCCAGUAUGCUCGAGUGCAUACCGACGCCGGUCUACGUUGUGAGCGCGAGUCUGACAUGUCAACCUCUAUCAUACCGAGCCAUAUCUAUGUCCAGAACUGUAUCAACCAUGUAUCGCCCAUGAAUCUGACAAGAAACCCAUCCAAAUUUAUCCUCGGCUGCAAAAUGACAACAAGCUGGGACCCCGACACUUUUAGUAUUUCUCCUCCAGUCAGCGAGAAUUACUAUGCUCGAGUGGCUUUGCAACAAACCAUGACACCUGAUCCUUCACUGACAAUGACAAUUGGAUGGCGGAUACAGAAAGACGCUUCCGAUAAUGUUGUGUCCCACCUCGCCGCACUUAAUGACCCAAACGACCUGGACAACUCACAUGUGGCAUGGUGGGAGGAAUGA